UCAUGGCCGCCUCCUCGUGCCGUGCAUGUGCGUGAGCGGCUGCUGUGCAGUGAAACACAGACAACAGUAUCAGAAGAUGAAGGUCAAGAAGUCUCGGCUGAUCUCCUCUAAGAGAGGGGUGGUGGUGAAGGGCGAGUGGAAGGCGGUGAAUGUGGAUCCCAGUGUGUUCUCUGAUGAGGGGCUGGACGGGCUGGUGUGUUUCGAGGAGCUGACCGAUUACUCUCUGGUGGAGCCGGAGAAGGCCAUCACUGACCACACCCAGACCACCAGCAAAGUCAAGAAGAAGAGAACAGCCAGGGAUGAAGAUGGUGAAGAAAAACCUGCUGUAAAGAAGAAAAAGAGGCAGAAGAAAAGCAAGCAGGAGGAGGAACCCCAGGACGAGUCUGUUCCGGAUGAGACGCUGGAGGACGAGGAGGACGGGUCCGACGUGACUCCAGAGACACAGCACAAAACAUCCAAGAAGAAGAAGCAGCGGAAGAAGAAGAAGAAGACGACGACGACAGAAGAGGCAGGAGCUCCGUCUCCGAAGAAGAACAAGAACUGGAGCAGAACUCUGGUGGGUUCCGAGGGUCCGAGCGCAGACGUGACGGCGUGGAAGGACCUGUUCGUACCUGCUCCUGUUUUACAAGCUCUCAGUGUUCUCGGGUUCUCAGCGCCGACUCCGAUCCAGGCCCUCGCGCUCCCGCCGGCCAUCAGAGACCGCCUGGACAUCCUGGGAGCGGCCGAGACCGGCAGCGGGAAGACGCUGUGUUUCGGUAUUCCCAUGAUCCACAGCAUUCUGGAAUGGAGGAAAGCAUCAGAUGGUGAGCAGACGACUGACAGACCUGAAGACACAGAGGUGUGUGUGGAGACUGUACCUGCCCGCGUCCAGCGAGACGACAGACGGGUGUCCAGCGCCGGAGACGAGCGGAGACACUGCGCCCAAGCAAAACACGAGACUAAUACACAAAAGCAAAACACAGCGCCGGAGCAGGAGGAGACUGGUGGAGCAGGUCAAACACAGAGGAAGACACACAAGCAGCCGCUGCUCGGUCUGGUCCUCACUCCCACCAGAGAGCUGGCCGUUCAGGUCAAACACCACAUCGACGCUGUGGCCCGCUUCACCGGUGUGACGACGGCGAUCGUGGUCGGAGGGAUGGCUCCUCAGAAACAGCACCGAGUUCUGAUGCGGCGGCCGGAGAUCGUGAUCGCCACCCCGGGCCGUCUGUGGGAGAUGAUCCGAGAGAAGCACCCGCACCUGCAGAACCUGCGCCAGCUGCGGUGUCUGGUGAUCGACGAGGCCGACCGCAUGGUGGAGAAGGGCCACUUCGCAGAGCUGGAGAACCUGCUGGAGAUGCUCGGCACGUCCCAGUUCAACCCCAGCAGACAGACGUUCGUGUUCUCGGCCACGCUGACCAUGGAGCACAGCCUCCCGGCGCGCCUGCAGCAGAAGAAGCGCAAGAAGACGGAGCAGCGCAGCAGGCUGCAGCUCCUGAUGGAGAAGGUGGGCAUCAAAGGCAAGCCCAAAGUCAUCGACCUGACGCGCAGAGAAGCCACGGUGGAGACGCUGACGGAGACCCGCAUCAACUGCACCAAGGAGGAGAAGGACCUGUUCCUGUACUACUUCCUGCUGCAGUAUCCCGGCCGCAGCAUGGUGUUCGCCAACAGCAUCGACUGCAUCAAGCGUCUGAGCGCGCUGCUGCAGAUCCUGGACUGCGCUCCUCUGCCGCUGCACGCUAACAUGCACCAGAAGCAGCGGCUGAAGAACCUGGAGCGCUUCGCUGAGGCGGACAGCUGUGUUCUCCUGACCACAGACGUCGCCGCUCGAGGCCUGGACAUCCCUAACGUCCAGCACGUGAUCCACUAUCAGGUUCCUCGCACGUCUGAGACAUACGUCCACCGCAGCGGCCGGACCGCCCGUGCUGCCAGAGAGGGCCUGAGUCUGCUGCUGAUCGGACCGGACGACCUGAUGAACUACAAGAAGAUCUGCAGGACCCUGGAGAAGAGCGAGGAGCUGCCCGUGUUUCCUGUGCAGAGCGCCUGCAUGAGCGCCAUCAAGGAGCGCGUGACUCUGGCCCGGAAGAUCGAGAAGAUGGAGUACUUCCACGGCCGAGAGAAGCAGCACAACUCGUGGGUGCGGCAGGCGUCUGAGAGUGUGUGUGUGUGCCUCAUGUGCUCUGCUCUGUGUGUUUCAGGAGGAGGGAAGGACGAGGACGAGGAGCGAGAGCAGCAGAGGUUAAUCAAGAGCCUGAAGAAGCAGCUCAAGCAGCUGAUCGCGCAGCCAGUGUUCACACGCCAGAUGAAGACCAAGUACCCCACACAGAUGGGCCGACUGCAGCUGCCCCUGACCACAGCCGACACCGCGCUGGCCAGCCUGAGCCGCGACACACUCCCGCGCUAGCAGCCAGCAGUGUGUUUCCUAACACUGAUCCUCAGUCGCAGCAGCACUGAUCCUGGACUCACGGUCUCAUCAGAGCCGGACACGGACCUGUGCUGCUGUGUCUCCAGGAGCAGGGUUAGGAAGCACGGUUAAUAACACGUCUCUGUACUAGUGGAUUAAAAUCAAACAUUCAGUGUAAACACAGACCUGAUUAUUUAUAUUGAACUAUAGAACUCUUCUGUCACACAGAUUAAAGUGAACAAACUUUGACUGGAA